UCUUGUGGGCGUGGUGGCGCUGGUAAAAUGGCAGCGCCUCAAGCAGUGAUGCUUCCGGACAAACUGAGCCACAAAAAGUACCGGGCCGCCCUGAAGAAGGAGAAACGAAAGAAACGUCGGCAGGAACUCGCUCGGUUGAGAGACUCAGGAUUCUCACAGAAGAAGGAUGAGGAAGAGGAGGAAGUUUUUAUUGAACAACAACAAGAAGAGAAGCUGUUGGAGAUAGAGAGGCAAAAAUUACAUGAGGAGUGGUUGCUGCGGGAACAGAAGGCACAAGAAGAAUUCAGAAUAAAAAAGGAAAAAGAAGAAGCAGCUAGAAAACGACAGGAAGAACAGGAGAGAAAGUUAAAGGAAGAAUGGGAAGAACAGCAGAGAAGAGAGAAAGAAGAGGAGGAACAGAAGCUACAGGAGAAGAGAGAAAGAGAGGAGGCUGUGCAGAAGAUGCUGGAGCGAGCUGAAAAUGAGUUGGAAAAUAGUACCACGUGGCAAAACCCAGAACCACCCAUGGACUUAAGAAUAAUGGAGAAAGAUCGAGCUAAUUGUCCAUUCUACAGUAAAACAGGAGCUUGCAGAUUUGGAGAUAGGUGUUCACGUAAACACAAUUUCCCGACAUCGAGUCCCACCCUUCUUAUUAGAAGCAUGUUUACAACGUUUGGAAUGGAGCAGUGCAGAAGGGAUGACUAUGACCCCGACGCCAGCCUGGAGUACAGCGAAGAGGAGACCUACCAGCAGUUCCUGGACUUCUACGAGGACGUGCUCCCUGAGUUCAAGAAUGUGGGGAAGGUGAUCCAGUUUAAGGUUAGCUGCAACUUGGAACCUCAUCUGAGGGGAAAUGUGUAUGUUCAGUACCAAUCGGAAGAAGAAUGCCAAGCGGCCCUUUCUCUGUUUAAUGGACGAUGGUAUGCAGGACGACAGCUUCAGUGUGAAUUCUGCCCAGUGACCCGGUGGAAAAUGGCAAUUUGUGGUUUAUAUGAAAUACAGCAAUGCCCAAGAGGAAAACACUGCAACUUUCUUCACGUGUUCAGAAAUCCCAACAAUGAAUUUUGGGAAGCUAAUAGGGACAUCUACCUGUCUCCAGAUCGGUCUGGCUCUUCCUUUGGUAAGAACUCAGAGAGGAGAGAGAGGAUGGGCCACCAUGAUGAGUACUAUGGCAGGCCCAGGAGGAGAAGAAGCCCCAGUCUGACCCGUUCCUACAAAAGGAAUGGAGAAGCUGAGAGGAAAAGGAGAAGUAGCUACAAGAGUAAGAAAUCUCACAGACAUUCGGCAAGAAGUCGUGAAAGGCACCGUUCACGAAGUAGAGAAAGAAAAAGGGACCGUAGCCGGGGCCGGGGCAGCCGUAGCAGAAGCCGCCGAAGCCGGAGCUGGAGCCGAAGCCGGAGCCGAAGCCGGAGUCGGAGCCCCAGGAGCCCCAGCCCCUCCAGGUCCAGGAGUCGUGGUGGGAGGAGGUCAGAUAGUAGAGACAGAACUAUUCAUAGUCCCAAAUCCAAAUAAACCGAUUUUGUUUUUAAA